UGGAUGCUGCGGCAACCGCACUUGUGCCGCGUAGCUAUCUAUACUGCUACCGUACGCGACCUUUACAUCGAUAAUAAAUAAGCAUGCACUAGCGUCCCAGUGAAAUGAAUAAAAGUGAGAGUUCAGUGACGGUGACUUGAAUUCUUAGAGGCACCUGCGUCUACGCAUCUCAGGACUAACCCUAGGCAGGGCGAUGUUAAGUGUGGUCGUGGUGGCAUUCGCGUGCCUCUGCUUGGCGCGCGCCUCGCCGCCUGAAACGCGCGGAUUGCGUAACUCCGUGGUCAACACUUAUACUUCUAAGGAUUUAGGGAAAAUAUUAGCAAGCAUCGACGAGCGGUUACAAGUGUUAGACACCAUAAGCGCAGUGCAAGCAAAACAGGCUCGGCGCCUAGACGUCAUACAAGAUAAACUGGAUCGCAUGGAAACUACGCUAUCUUUGAGACUAGAAAGAGCGCAGUUGGCGGCAGAACGAUUGGAGCAUAGGCUUCACAUGCUGCAAACCAAUGUGCAGGCAUCUGUUAAAGAAAGCAGUGAUAAAAUAGAGAAAACACAAACAAAGAUCGCAGAGGUAGCACAAAAUCUGACAAAUCAAAUCAAUACGCAUACUCAAUUGUUGCAAAAGGUAAGCGGGGCAUAUGCCGACACGUGGCGUCGAGGCCUUUUAUUAGAGUCAAUGGUGCGAGACGGAAUGUCUCUGGUGAAUGUGACGCGGCGAGAACUAGCGAACGGUCUGCGAGCGUUGGCAAGGGGUCAGAGAGAAGUUCGCCUCACAUCAGCAGACUUGGAAGCAACGUUUACUAAACGUUUCCGAGAAAAUUCGUAUAAAGUUGACAUGAAGAUGAAGGAAGUGAUAGAGACACAGAAGCGCUUUAUCGAUUCCUGCCAGCGCGUGCAACUCGACGACCCGACACACGUAGCGGAUGUGCUGGAUAAAUUAAUCGAUUCGCUUAUAAAUAAAACUGCGUCGACUUUUCGUGAGCUACAAAACAUUCAAGCCACUUUAAAGAACCAUGAUAACAAAGUUAUAAAACUACUAAGCAAUCGUCCUACACAGACGGAUAUAUCAUGUAAACGCCUCGAAAAUGUGUUUCGUAAUGCAUCACAAACGGCAUUCAACGAAAAAGAGCUACAGCAGCUGACGGAGAAGUUCAUAGGAUUGACAAACAGAGCUGACGCGGCAUUGCAACGUAUGGAAGCGAGACUUCGCGACGACACGGAAGAACCAGUACCGGGCUCUGACGUAUCCGCCGCUGCCGAUCAACUGCUACUAAAGCUCGAAGGAAUCAACAGUGAAAUUAGUACAGAAGAUGAUUGGGAAGAUGCAGAAGACUCCAAGUUUUUUGACAACAUGAAUGAUUUCAUGGAAGAAGACCAAGCAAUCCUUAUACAUGCCUCUGGCAGAAAUAAACACACAACAACAGAGAGCACACCUGUCAAACCUCACCGAAGACAUCUUCACAAACAUCCAUAUGACCGUGGCCCAGUUUAAAGAGGAAUAAAACUCUAAUCGAC